AAUUAAAUUGGAAUAUAUAUAUUCAAAUACAUAUUUGUGUAAAUAUAUAUGUAUGCCGUUAGACUGAUAAGCCAAAGCGCUUAGUGCAAGCAAGAACAAACAUACGAAAAUCCACACAACGCGCGUUGCAACUUUUGAACUCUGAGUGCUCUCUCACUCUCUGCCUUUCUCUCUCUCUCUCUCUCUCGCUCUGCGCUUGUUAGGCAAAAUGAUUUCCCAUACAGUGAGAGUCUUCAAGCUAAUGUAUAUCGUGGCUGGCAUACUGAUUAGCAAUGAGGAAAUCUGCGACACAGUCGAUCGCAUACAAAUCGCGCCACGCGUCGAGAUGAAGUCCCCCGUGGAUGCCAAUGCCUUACAGCAGCGCGCUCUAACGGAUUCGGAUGGUUCACCCAAUUCAAAGCGGAAACGCAAAGUGAGCGUGUCCAGUCUGGCGGGCGAUGUGGUGCGCGGUGUGACAAGCACGGUGACCAGUCGGGUUGGCAGUCGCUUUGGCUGGCUGGAUGAGCUGCGCCUGAGGCUGCAGCAGUGGCAUGCUCUGGCGCUGAGCUUUACGGUCUGGACCAUACCCAAUCUGCUGCUGGAGUACACCUCUAGCUACAUUGGCCGCAAGCUCUUUAUGAACAGCGACUGUGAUAUGAUCUACAAAUAGUCAAGGCUUGGGGAAAGCUUAGGGCGGGUAUUGGGUUAAGUUAGAAAGAAGACAACAAGCAGCGAUGUUUAUUCAAGUUUUCUACUAUAAGUUCAAUAUGUGUAAGCUUGCAAAUAAAUUUAGCAUAGACAACAAUAA